AUGGCAGACCUUUUCCGAAAGCUUUUUCUUUUUGGGGACGCUCAAAUUCCACCCCCAACCCACAUCAAUGUUGCUGUUACUGUCUCAUCAUCCACGCUACACAAACAUGGUUCCGACGAUGAAUUUUACAUCACCCUUGAGGCAACCCUUCCUCAAACCCUGAAUACGCCUGACAAGCCGCUUACUAUCCUUGUAUUUGGCACGCUCCUUGACCCUAGCGGCAUAGCCCUUUAUGAAAAUGGCUUUAACUUUAUUAAUAUCAACACAGGCGCUCCUGCGAAGCGUCCAAGCCUGACCAAACAUUAUAGCUUUGGUGGGAUGUCUGAUAUCCCCAUCGAACCCCAGUUUGAGCGAUAUUUUGUCACCCUUCAGCCUGGCGUGCCUCACCAAGUGAGAUUUACCUUAUGGCCCUGUCCCAGGAACCAGCAACACAAUAAAGACAACCCUGAGCGGCUUAGAGCUGCGUGUGGGGAGCUACUUAUAACUAAUGAGGAUGAGGCCAUAGUUGCUGCAGGCUUUUCUCAAGUCACAUAUUUGGAAGUGGGAUCGACAUAUCGUGUUGAGUUUGGGAAUAAGCUGAACCUGGUACCCUGGUAUCGAUAUGGGCUAAAGGAGCAGGUUCUGGAGGGACAGGGUGCUGGAGUUCGUGUGAAGCAACAGCGAGAGCUAGUAGGGGACAGUGAGAUGCAACCAAUAUCCCUAGUGAUGCAGGGUUCUGCUAGCUUCACUGUCGAAGAGUAG